GAAGGGUCACGGGACCGGAAGUGGCGUCGUCGGCGCUCGUGUUGCCGUGUUUUGUGAGCGGCUCUCGGUUGCCGCGUGCGGGCGAGAUGGAUGAAAUGGAGGGGGUGUCGGGCGCCCCGCUUCAGGGCGACGUCGGCCUUACGGGGCUGAAAGUCUUGGAGCACCUCCAGACCCUCAAAGUCGCCUGUGAGGGGACCUGCCCGCCAGGACUGGCCCGGGAGGAAGGGGCCUCGUGUCCUCCUCCUGAGGGUCGCUCCGCGGCAUCGCAUCCUGAGGGGCUUCCCACGUUGCCGGAGGCCGCCCUUCACGGGGGCGACGGGCAGGAACGACUCCCCCUCCUCGGGUCAGGAGACGCUGCGAUGGAAGAGGAGCCGCCCCUUUUGGGCAGCCGCCGCUCCUCCUCGGAGCGGGGCUGGACGUGGCCGGCUUUGAACUCUGGAGCGGGAGUAGAGCCAGUUCCCGGGUUUGGUGAGGGAGGCCCGGAGACGCCGGCUGGAGGAGCGCAAGAGGUCAAAGAGGAGCUGCCGCCACCACCUCCGAACUCCUGUGGCGGCUCCUCUUCCCUUCUGGUUUCGGACGGAGACCUUACUCAGGGGGAGUUGGCGGGAAAGUCCGCCUCACAGACCAGUGAAAAGCUGCCGGAGGCGGUUCCGGCGGCCCCAGGGAAGGAGACGGAGGAGUCGGCCGCGGGAAGCAGCGGCAGCACUGCUUCUUCUUCCGAAUCUGAAUCCGAGUCCGAAAGUGAUACAGAUACAGACAGUUCAUCCUCUGUCUCCUCCUCUUCCUCCUGUCUUCCAUCGUUGUCUGAAGAUGAUGAACAACAGUGUAAGAAAGAAAAGAACUCUGGCAAUACUAGGAAAAAAGGUGAAUCAACUGAAAAGGAUUCACCAAAUAUUGAAGAGUUGACAAUAAUUCUGCCUGAAUCUGUUGAGCUAAUGCCUUUUGGAAAGGUUUCCAGCAUCAUUGAGCACCAAGUAAUAAUAGAGUCAGAGAAGGGACUUCCACCUGUGAAUGAAGAUACUGUGUUUUUCAAAGAUGAUCAUCAUUCAAUAGGAAAGGUCUUCGAAGUAUUUGGUCCUGUAUCUCAUCCAUUUUAUGUACUGCAGUUUAACAGUCCUGAGCAUAUUGAAUCUAAAGGUAUUAAAAUACAUGAUGCUGUAUACUUUGCUCCAUCAGUUGAGAGCUUCACCCAGUAUAUAUUUCCUGAAAAAUUAAAACAAGAGAGAGGAUCUGAUGCAUCAUGGAAGAAUGAUGAAGAGCCACCUCCUGAGGUUUUAGAUUUUAGUGAUGAUGAAAAAGAGAGAGCAGCAAAGCAGCAGAAAAAAUCUCAGAAUAUAAGAAGAAAGAAGUUCAGACAAGAUUAUAAUGAAAAUGGAAGUAAUUGUCAGCCCAGACAACAUCCUUCAGAUUAUUUUGGUGGAUACUGUAGGGGCGAACCUAACCCCAGGUUUUCAAGGGGAAGAUUUCCACAGUCAUCUGUUCCUCCACGUUUUUUUAGACACCCAGCAAGGACUCCACAACACUACCCUGAUUACACUGAACCUAAGAAGCCUUCAAGUUUUUAUCAGCAGCGGAGGCAGGACAGUUCGUGGAGACAUCAGUAUUCCUUUCCUCCCCCAUCUUUUGAAACUGUUAAUAAUGAAGCGAAUUUUCCACCUCCACCCCCACCUGUAACUUGGGGAUGGUCUCGUGGAUGCUCUCAGAAUAUAUAUGAUCCAUUGUUCUCAUUGCUGUCUCUGCCGCCACCGCCACCUCCUCCACUUCCACCUCCAUCUGCUGCUACUUCUUCUAAGAGUAUGAAUCCUCCUUAGCAAGCAGUACCUUAAUUCUUUCAGCGACCCUGAAAAUGUCAGACUUCCUACCUGGACACUGUAUAUGGUUAUAUUUUCUAACAGAGCUGGAAGAGUGGAUGGAAUGGUUAUGAAUAAAUUCAGAGUUCUAGUUUGUGUAUAAAGGUAGAUCUUUUAAAUGAGGAUUGAAAAAUUGAAAUUCAUGUAUGCAUCCUUUUUGAAAACUGGUAAGAAAAUAGCUAAUGCCUUAAUUUUUUGAAGGCAUACUUAAAUCUUAUUGAAAUAUUUGGAUAUGGCUAUAUUUUUACUUCAGACUUCUAUUAUUUUACUUACUAGAUAUUGUGUAGGUUUCUAUACUGUUUCUGCAGUAACAGAUUUAAAUACUAUGCAGUGUAAUAACAAUAAAAAACUAUGUGUGGAUCUGUGGAUGAAACUAGUAUGCACAAAGAAUGUAUACUAUAUUGAACUUUCAGAUCAUAUGUUCACUGUUAUAUAUAACCAAAUACCAGUUCAUAAAAUAAAAUUGUGCAGUCACA